ACUCCGAUUUAGACCUCGCUCAGAAAGCAGCAGCUCCAGUGGAGGUUCAGGCUGUCAGCUAGCACGGUAGCCAUACAAGGCUUCAUGACAGAGGUUACCGAGUUGACCAGCGGCAUCCCAACAGACGAGCCUCACUCGGCGCCUUUGCGCACCGGACACCGCGACUCCAGGCACAGCCUCACCGCUGCCCUGCUCCCCUCCUCCGCUCGCCUUCGUUGCUCAAAGUCACUCAAUGCUGCACUCCCGCUACCAGCUAACAGACUGAUCUGACUGUGUUACUGCCACUUCAUGAUCCGAGCCAGCUGAGGAUCAAAACAAGGACAAUCGCUCAAAGUUUAAGCGGCGUUUGCGUUUGACCGGCCGGGAUCCAGCAGCUGGGACAGACACGGGCCCCGGGGAGAGCGACGGGACUCGGGGGCCAGGCAGCCAGGGCAGCGAGGGUGGUGGCUGGAUAAACUCGGGGGGUCGCCUCCAGCUCCUGGUGGAUUCAUCCCCUGCCAGCUAACGUUAGCUAAGCUAGCUACAAACAGCGCCAUGGAUUGGUUAAUGGGGAAGUCGAAGACGAAGCCAAAUGGAAAGAAGCCUCCGGCAGAAGAGAAGAAGCAGUACUUGGAGCUAGAGUACACAAAAAUCCGCGUGGUGGACUUUGACCUCAAGGAGCUGGUGGUGCUGCCCAGAGAGAUAGACCUCAACGAAUGGCUAGCCAGCAACACAACAACAUUCUUCAAUCUUAUCAACCUGCAGUACAGCACCAUCUCAGAGUUCUGCACUGGGGAUACCUGUCAAGCCAUGACGGCCUGCAACACAAUAUACUACUGGUAUGACGAGAGGGGGAAGAAGACGAAGUGCACUGCUCCACAAUAUGUCGACUUCGUAAUGAGUCUUUGUCAGAAACUGGUCACAGAUGAGGAAAUCUUUCCAACGAAAUACGGCAAAGAGUUCCCCAACUCCUUUGAGUCCUUGGUAAAGAAGAUCUGCCGGUACCUGUUCCACGUGCUGGCUCACCUCUACUGGGCGCACUUUAAAGAGACGGUGGCUCUGGACCUGCAGGGCCACUUGAACACUCUGUAUGCACAUUUCAUCGUUUUCGUAAGGGAAUUCAACCUGGUCGACCCCAAGGAGACCUGUAUCAUGGACGACCUGUCCGAAAUCCUCUGCACCCCCGCCCCGCCACCCGCGCCCACUCCGGCCCCUUCUGCCCCCGCCUCGGCGCCCUCCCCCUCUUCACAAAACCACGUGACGGAGAGAUGAGCGGGGGGCGGCGGUCAGACAGCAGCCCCGGGGGUGAUAGAAGAUAAGAUAGAGGAGAGAAGGAAAGACAGCCUGGCCCCCUUCCUCGGUGCCAGCAGGACUUAGAGACCUUCCACUACCCUUAUAUUUCGCUACGACACCAACCAACCAGCCGGAAGGAAGGGGGGGAGGGUUUUCGGGGGGUUUGGGGUGGCGGGGAGGGGUUUGUCACGCCAGCAGGAAUUGGCGUGAGCGUUCCUCCCAGGGGCAAAUCCCUCCCAUCUUCUCUGCAAUUUAAACUAGGAACAAAAAAGUAUGUGUAUGUUUUAUUUUUUGGUUUUAUUUCACUUUUAUUUUUGUUGAAGUUUUAUUCAGUUUUUAUUUUUUGUUGUAGAGGGGGGUGCAGCGUGUCCGUCGACCCUUCACCUCCCUCUAUCCUCUACCUAACAUACAGUACAGGAAGGGGGCUCUGCUUUGCUUCAACCUACUAUUGUACAGUGUUGUUGAUGUGUGGAGAAGAGGCGUCUCUGCUCACCUGCGGGCUCGUCCUUCCCUCCUCCUGCAGCGACAGGAGGCGGCCUGGCAGGGGCACGGCCACUACGCUGGCCAGUAGGGAGCCACGUUACUGCCUGACGGGGCGAUACUAGCCAAUCACUGUUUGGGUUGUUUAUGUGGGGGAUGAUUAAAGCGCUUCCUACUCAGGA